GGACACGACACCCCGGGAGACCUCGCACACCUGUGCCCUCCGUCCCUGCAGGUGCCCAAGGGAUGCCAGCCCAGCCAGCGCUCCGGGGCGAUGUUGGGGGCUGAGCUCUCCGUGGCUGGGGCUGGGGGAACCGUAGGGGGCUCAGGCCCUGGCCGGAGCGGAUGCUCCCCCUGCUCCCUGCAGCUUUGCUUCGUCCCUGAUCCUUGGUGUGUCCCAAGGAGGGACAGGAACUCUCUGCUUCCUGCCCUGCACAAUUCCCUCCCCACCCCGCUCCUCCCGGGACAUUGUAUUUGGAGCCCUGGCUGGCUCCCUCCCUCCGCCCCUGCAGCCCCUUGGAUCCGGGAAUUGCUCUUCUUCCAGCGGAAAUCCUGCUUUCCCGGCCAGCGAUGGGGCUGGAAGGCUGGGGAAGGGGGGCUGCCUCACUACUGAGCAUCUUCUGCCAGAGAGGGGUGCGAGAGGACCCCUCUGUCAUGGGUCUGGUGGCUGACAGGUGGGCUUGUGGAGAUGGCUUCUGGGGCUUGGCAAGUCCUUUAUUUUCCAUCCCAGGGAAUAGCCCUGCUUGUGGGCAUGCAGGGGAUGGAGUGUCAUCCCUCCUUGUUCUGGAGGAACCUGCUCCCACUGGGAGCCGCAGGGGACUCACCAGGCACUGGGUGACUUGGGAGGACUGAGCUCCAUCCCCAGGUAUCCUCUGGGUGGAGUUGGGGCUGGGGGCAGCAGGGAAGGGGCAGGGACACACCACCAUCUGCUACAGAGCUGGAACAAGGAGCAGAUGGGGGAGGCAGAUGUGGCCUCUUGUCCCCUCCCCAGGUCUGUGGAGUCCUGGACAUGGGAUGGGAACCCAGCUCCAGGUCCUGUGUCCUGAUGAGCCACCUUCUUCUUCUGCGCUGCAGCUACCUCAUGCCUAAGGUUUCCUGCUGGUACAAGGGAUCUCCAGAGCCACAGGGUGACAGAGGAACCUCAGUGGCACCAGGCUGGGCUGUGCAGCCCUCUCGGUUCCUCUUCCCAGGGAGCGAGAGCAAAGCAGAAUGACAGUGCGGGACAAGGCACGGGGGGAUUCGGGAUACCCAGGGGGCUGCAGCCCUGCUGUCAUCCCUGCCUGACCCUCCCAGCUGCCACCAUCCCCAGGGCUCGAGGUCCUGCCAGUCCUGUGGCCUCUUGAUGGCCACAGCACCAUCCUCUUCCUUCCCCCCCACCCCACACCGCGCUCCUGCUGCUUCCUCUUCCCACUGCAUAGCUGCUGUGUGAGUUCCUCUGGCAGCUACCUCUUGCCCAGGGGGUUUGUGGCCCCCUCAGCCUGGCAAAUGCCACCGUGGCUUGUCUCCACGGCAUGGAGCGUGACAGUCCCAGCACCCCCGUACUGCUCCCUGUGGCUGCAUCCCCCCAGAGCCCGAGGUCUCCACUGCUGUUCUUCCUCCCAUCAGGGGGGUGGAGGCAGGCCGCGGAGGUGACCCCAGGGGUACCCCGGCCCUGCAGGUAACACUUGGGGUGACAGUUGGGUGUGCAAGGGGUAUUGUGCCCUGUCUAGGAGCUGGGGGUGGGGCUGAGCUGCCCCAUGUCCCAGGGGCCUGGGGAGCAGAUGGAUGGGCAGUGAGGGAUGUGCCCGGCGGGACAGGGGUGAUCAGUUGGCUGGGUCUCAGUGCAGGGCGGGACCUGGCAGCUCGGCCGGGACUGGUGCCGGGGGAGCCAAGGCGGGAAGGGCUCAGUUGCCAUCUGCUCCCCGGCUCCAAGCAGCUCCUUUUUGGGAAAGCUGGAGCCAGACACCACCGCACAACCGGCAGCCACGGCAGCAGCUGCGUCCCCUUCCCAUGGACAGCGCGAGGGGAUGGCUCUGGGCCACCCUGGGGUGAGCUCAGGGGGCUCUUGGAUGCGCAGGGAAAGGGAGGCCUGGGUGCAGUCCUGCUGCACAGCACCUGAAGCCUUGAUGCUUCGAUGCUGGGGGGUUGCACUUGCCUGGAAGAUGCUCCUUGCCAUCCCCAUCCCUGCUGGCAGCCGUGGCAGCUCCACUGCUUGGUCAGCACUGAAAUUCAGCAAAAUGGGAAGUUUCUAAAUGUGGUGGGUGGGUGAUUCCCACCCAGGGGGAACAGGAUUUGUGAGAGCCAGGGUUGUUCAUUAGUUUAAAUAGCCACUAAUUGUCAUCAGGAAUAAAAUCCCCAACCAGCCGAGUUUCCUCAGAUUUGGCAAUGCUGCCCUGUCAGCAACGGCUGUGGCCUUGCCACACUACCAGUGUGGAAAACAGAGAUGGAAGGGGAGAGCUGGGCUCUUUCCAACCCUACUGAGUGUGAGGAAAGGGAAUCAAUGACUGGGAAAACCUGCCUGAAACAUCUCAUCCACCCCAAAAUCUUUGUCUCCUCCUGCUCAGUGGAGUGCAGAGGACAGGACACCUUCCUGCUCCUUGCCUCUGCUCUCAGCUGGAGACAGAGUGACCUUCAGCACGCUGCAGACUGGAGUGCUCUGCCCAGUGCAGACUGGGCAGACUGGUGUGGGUGGGUGCCCGGCAGCCAGGACAAAGGGCUGGGGAUGGAUGUCUCCUUACAGCCGUGACAGGAGAGAUCCCAUUUCCUCCUCCUCUGUGACACCUUCUCACCACAUGCGGCUGGAAGAGCCUGUCCUGACCACAGCGAUGUGAGAGGGGACCUUUCUCCCCAAAACACCCAGUCCCUGCCAAGCUGAGGGUGUGGGGAUGGGGCCGCUUUGGGGGCUCCUUCCACUGGGUCUGGCUCCCCUUCAGCCUCGGGGAUGCAGCUGCCCUGAGAGGACGUGAGCGGUGUGGUGAGGACACAGUGAGAAAAAAGCACACUUGAGGAUGUGGCUUCAGCCUGCACCGGGCUGCCGCAGCCCUCGGAGGAAUGUUACAGCUUUGUGGGGGUGUUGCAGAUCACGCAGAUCAUUGUAGCUCACGCAGUGGGGUUGCAGCCUUUGACAGGAUGUUGUAGCCCAUGCAGGGGUGUUCUGGCUCCUGCAGGGGUAUCACAGCCUGUGCAUGGGUGCUUUGGUCUGUGCAGGGCUGUUGUAACUCCUGCAGGGAUGUUACAGCCGACGCAAGUGGUGUUGCAGUCCAAGCCAUUGGUGUUGCAGCCCGUGUAGAGGUGUUAUAGCCCAUGGCAGGGGUGUUACAUCCUCUUAUGGGGUGUUUCAAUCUAUUCAGGGGUAUUUUAUCCCUUGGCAGAAGUGUUUCAGCAUGUGCAGGGGUGUUUCAGCCCUGGAAGGGGUAUUGCAGUCCAUGCAGAGGUGUUGCAGCCUGUACAGGGUUAUUUUAUUCCGUGGAGGGGUGUUCCAGCCCAUGGCAAGGGUGUUUCCCCCCCACCUGAUGCCCUCCCUGGUGUCCACAGGUGACUCUUCUCCUCCCUGAAGUGACAUGGAGCAGCUGAAGUGACCUGAGGAGCCGUCGCAGUGAGUGGAGCCACCGUGGAGCACCCACGGGUGCCAGGGGGCCGUGGGGUCCCCUGGGCAGCACAGCCCUCUUUGCAGCGGUGCCUCUGGCGGUGCCCAUGGGGACCCCAGUGCCCCCCUGGUGUCCAGUACGCCAAGCUGGGGGGUGGCAGAGCCCCCCGGGGCCGGCGGGGUGCACCCAGCGCCCGCAGCCAUGGGUGCGCACCCCGCGCCCUGCCGGGCUCACGGACCCUCUGUCCCACAGGCGGUGCCCGGGAUGGGCUGUGUGCCCUGCAAAGAGAAGGGGGCUGGCAAAGGGCAGGCAGGGGGAGAGGGAGGCUCCCUCCAGCCCCCUGUCUCCCAGUACGACCCCGACCCCACGCAGCCAGGGGCCGCCUUCACCCGCAUCCCCGACUUCAACAACUUCCAGGGGCCAGCGGUGCCCCUGGCCCCGUCCUUUGCGGAGCCGGGGGGCUUCACCUCCACCGUGCUGCAAACGCGGAGCGGGGGCAUCACAGGCGGGGGGGUGACGCUCUUCAUCGCCCUGUACGACUAUGAGGCCAGGACGGAGGAUGACUUGUCAUUCCAGAAAGGGGAGAAAUUCCACAUCAUCAACAACACGGAGGGGGACUGGUGGGAGGCCAGGUCACUGAGCUCGGGUGCCACGGGCUACAUCCCCAGCAACUACGUGGCCCCUGUGGACUCCAUCCAGGCAGAAGAGUGGUACUUUGGGAAGAUCGGGCGCAAAGACGCAGAGCGGCAGCUCCUGUGCCACACCAACUGCAGAGGCACCUUCCUCAUUCGGGAGAGUGAGACAACCAAAGGUGCCUACUCCCUCUCCAUCCGGGACUGGGAUGAGGCCAAGGGAGACCACGUGAAGCACUAUAAGAUCCGCAAACUGGAUAGCGGGGGGUACUACAUCACCACCCGUGCCCAGUUCAACACCGUCCAGCAGCUGGUCCAGCACUAUAUAGAGCGGGCAGCUGGGCUGUGCUGCCGCCUGGCCGUGCCGUGCCACAAGGGAACCCCCAAACUGGCCGACCUCUCAGUCAAAACCAAAGAUGUGUGGGAGAUCCCCCGUGAAUCCCUCCAGCUCCUCAAGAAGCUGGGAAAUGGGCAGUUCGGGGAAGUCUGGAUGGGCACAUGGAAUGGCACCACGAAGGUGGCGGUGAAGACGCUGAAGCCCGGGACCAUGUCCCCUGAGGCUUUCCUGGAGGAGGCUCAGAUCAUGAAGCGCCUGCGGCACGACAAGCUGGUGCAGCUUUACGCCGUGGUGUCGGAGGAGCCCAUCUACAUUGUCACCGAGUUCAUGAGCCAGGGGAGCUUGUUGGAUUUCCUGAAGGAUGGGGACGGUCGCUACCUGAAGCUGCCCCAGCUGGUGGACAUGGCUGCCCAGAUUGCGGCGGGCAUGGCGUACAUUGAGCGGAUGAACUACAUCCACCGGGAUCUCCGUGCUGCCAACAUCCUGGUGGGGGACAACCUCGUGUGCAAGAUCGCUGACUUCGGCCUCGCUCGCCUCAUCGAGGAUGAUGAGUACACAGCGCGGCAGGGUGCCAAGUUCCCCAUCAAGUGGACGGCUCCGGAGGCUGCGCUUUUUGGGAGGUUCACCAUCAAGUCUGAUGUCUGGUCCUUUGGCAUCCUCCUGACUGAGCUGGUGACCAAAGGCCGGGUGCCCUACCCAGGGAUGAACAACCGAGAGGUGCUGGAGCAGGUGGAGCGGGGGUACCGCAUGCAGUGCCCGGGGAGCUGCCCCCCGUCCCUGCAUGAGGUGAUGGUGCAAUGCUGGAAGAGGGAACCUGAGGAACGCCCCACCUUUGAGUACCUCCAGUCCUUCCUCGAGGAUUAUUUCACUGCCACUGAGCCCCAGUACCAGCCCGGGGACAACCAGUGACCCAUGCUGGCACCCUCAGAAAGCUCCGGGGUGGCUUUGGGGUGAAUCUCCUUUUUUCUUUAGAGGUCGUUGCUUCCUUUGGCUGUGCCCCCCCAAAUGCCUUUGCAUUGCAGUGCUCAGGGUGCCCAGGGAGGACACAGAGCUUUGCACAAGGAUGUUGGACUCAGAGAGGAGACAAACUGUGUGCCCCAGUCUCCCCUUACCCCACUCCCUUUAUUGUCUUCACACCCAGCUUUGAACCUGAGAAGGGCUUUGGCUGCAGGGGGGACUGUGGGGUACCCCCAUGAGCCCUCCAGACACCUCCAGACCCGCAGCAGCAGAGGGCUUGGGGGAGCUCCCCAUGCCAGCCCCAGUCUCUUCUGGGAGCACAGCUGGGUGGGUUUCAGCCCCCCAAAAACCUGGCACUGAUCUGUGGGAGGUCAUCUCAACCCUCCCUCCCGGUAUAUCUCCUUUAAUUUAUAAGAUUUUAUAUGUCUCCACCAAGCAGCCCCUACCAAGGGAUCCCAGUAUUUGGGGGACCCCUUUGUCCCCUGCCUCACCUCCUCUGCUUUACGGCACAGCCAAGUCCUGAAAGCCAUACAGCCACCUCCGCUUGUGCUGGGGGACAGGGGGCCAUAAGGACCUGGGGGGACCCUGGCAGGGGGACAGCUCUGCCCCAGGGCUGUUCCCUCCUGCCCUGCGGGGGCAGGACGAGGGUACAGGAUGGGGUCACCCCACAGCACAUGGGGAGGUCAUGGCUCAGUGCUCUGCACCGGGAAUUAAGGAGGCCUGGGGGUGUCAGUGUGAAUGUGAGGGCUUCAGGGGGGAGGGUGCCACCCUGCCUGCUGCCUCUCCAGGCACUCCCAUUCUUGAGUGGGGUCCCAGCCCUGUGCCCCACAGCCAGUAACCCUCCCACACCCCCAGGGCAGGGCUGUGGGUAGACAGUGCCAUGGCGGGGAGGGAAGGGCAGGGGAGGGAUUUGU